GUUUUCCCUCUUCUCUCUUUUAUAACACACUCGCUGCCGCAUCAGCCCGGCCUAUUUCAAUGACAGAAAAAAAGAAAGAAAGAAAGCAAGUCCACGCUAUUAUACCAUUUCAAACUUCGUUUCUAGCACUGAGAAAACACGAUGGAUGAUUCCAAGAUACAACGCCCUACUGUGACAUCUCUCCAAGAUUUGGAGUUAAUGGAAGCCCUAGACUCAAAGACACACGAGUUGAAAUACGUCAUGUUCUAUCAUAUCACCUCUGAUGGCGAUCUUUACUAUGGGCAGAUUUACAACAAAAAAAUGAAGGACAUCACUCUUGCUGACUACAUCUCAGCAUUAGAGCAUGUUAGCGACGAGGAGGUCUACCCUCUAGUCCCUGAAGGUAUUACGCUCAAAAUUGCGCCUGAUUACUGGGAUGACACUACGGCAUUCAUCAAGCGGCCGGGAUUGACCUGUUACAAAACCAUGAAAGGAACCGAAUUUAUCCCACAACAAAUCCUGCAAGAGACCCUUAUCAUGGAGCAGCUUUCCAAGGCACCCCACCCCAACAUUAUCACAUACAUUGGCUGUCAAGUAAAGAAUGGUUGUCGGAUUACAGCGAUAGUCUUAGAGCGCCUUGAUCAGACGCUUGCCCAAUUGGCCCAGACACCCACCUUCCACCAGCUUGACCAUGAUGCAGUUUUCAAAGCUAUUGAAUCGGCUAUCCAUCAUAUUCACUCUCUAGGUUUGGCCCAUAACGAUAUAAAUCCACAUAAUAUCAUGUUCAAGAAUGGGAAGGCUGUGCUAAUCGACUUUGGAUCUUGCCAACCAUUUGGGAAGACUCUCCAAUCGCUUGGAACGCCGGGCUGGUUUGAGGAGAGUUUCUAUACAUCCGAGGCGAAACAUGAUGAAUACUCCCUUAAGAAGCUGAAGCAAUGGCUUCAAAAGCCGGAAUAACUGUAGAUGGAGGGUUCUACAGCUACAUUGAAUCUUGCUACUAAAGUAGUGUGGAGUGUAAGGAGGAAGACCGAGAGAGGUUAGCCAGCAAUUUGGUUACUAGAUUUUAGGAUUUGUUGCUGUUAUGAACUUAUCUAGGUGUUCUAGCCUUUAUAAUCUGUUUUUCUGUUAUAUUAUAGAGAUAGUGUGGGUUCCAGAACAUUCUAAGUAUCGUCGUAGGUAGCUAUACCCGACUCGCAUUUAAGUGGCUCGGCUAUUGCUGCUGUGGCGUUGUAGUAAGCCUAUACAGGCAAUAGCUAUAUUCUUGAGACGAAUGCAUUGAACUCU